GCAGAGAGCUCACAUUCUCGCGAUAGCGGAAACCCGUCAAUAGAUGAUAGAGCUGCAGCGCACACGCGCGCCCACCUGCUCACUUUUUCAUUCGUGAACAAAUACACGCACAAGCCUUUUUCCUCUUUGCUUUUUCUUCUCUCUUUCUCUACAUUUCCUACUACUACUGUUACCACUACGGAUAUUUCGUUUCCUUGUAUUUUUUUUUUCCUGUUCACCGUCGACACCGGUGUGCGCGUCUACUAUCUGUACCUUUACUUCUUUACUCUUCUUGUUCUCCUUUCUUAUUUCCGCUUCGCCUUUUGCAUCUGCGUUAUGGGCGUAGAAGUUGCUCCUGUGUAAUACAACGUUGUGUUCCUUGUCACCUUCUCUUCUUUUGAGCUCCACAUCUUUCAGCACUGCACAGCAUUUUCGUCUGAAGUGGCGGCUACGAGCGUCAACCAGCAGCGGUGCAGCUUUGAAGAGCACCCGAGGAGUUAGCCUUGCGUGUUUUUUUUUGUUUUGCUUUGUUCACCGUUGAUGUUUGCAAGCGGCGCGAGUGGUAGCGGUGGCGGCGGCGGCAGCGGUGUAGAGCGUUCGCGCGCCUCCCGAGGGGCGGCACUCCCCUUCUUAGAUUCCGUGCCUCUCCCCCCUCCCCCCGGGCCGCCCGUCUUUACUUCCUACGCUGGCAGACAAAACGUGGCGGGUGCGAGUGUAUACGGUGAAGGCAAUAAUGAUGCGGCUGACGACCGGGACACCGAUGACGACGGCAGCGGCACUCGCUUUCGAGAGGAUGACCGCAUGCUCCUGCGACUGCUCUACCAUCAGCAGCAGGCCAUUCAGGUGCAGCUGAACACCAUGACGGAGUGGAUGCAGCAGGUGAACUACCGAAUUGCAGCUGUGGAGCGGACGAUGCGGACCUCGCGCAGUACGGUGAACACCGCCGCAGGACCUCGAUCGUCCUCUGCUCAGCCGCCUUCUCCGGGUACAUCGGCAACGGAAGGCUACGCACCAGGGCCAAGCCCACACCUCGUCUCCCACCCGUGGCCCACCCUUAACUCCGAGCAGGCUCCCGCAGACGUGUCACGCGGGCACCUCUCUGGUCAGGGCAGCACCUACAGUGGACAGAGCCAUUUCGCAUCGAGCGCGCCUGCUGUCUCGAGCGUGCUCGAGGGCUCACGGGCGUGCACGCCGCCGUCGGAGCAGACGAGACACCACAUCAGCGGUGGCGGUGGUGCGGCAGGCGGCAGCGGAGUGCCCAGCACGACACGCUCCUCCGAGUCUGCAUUAGCUGCCCCGUGGGAUCCGCACAACACCUCUCAGCAGUUAAUUGGGGGCGCCGUGCACAGCCGCACCUCGUCGCACACGAGCGCGCUGGGAAGACGCGCCAACCCCCUCCUCAACUCCUCCGGGGUGAAGAGCCGACUGCAGAUGCCGGCGGCGGCUUCACGGUCGAGUCUCGCCGAUUCGAGACCGCAGCUCUCGCGGCUGGAGACUUCGGGGUUGAGCGCAACGGGAGGUCAGGCGUCCGCUGUGGGCGUUACAGGCGCUGUUUCAGAAGCCGCACCCGCCCCGGCGCAGCCGCGCCAGCCGCCGGUUGUCAGCCCGCCCACGACGGCCUCGCUGACCACCGCCGACGCCGUCCCGCCGUACCGACGAGUUUCUGCAGAGUCGGCCGCCGCAACGACGAUGACGCGGCAGCCGCUGAGUCGCCUCUCUGCCAUCCCCCGCCACGCACCGCCCACGAGCACGCUGGCCGACGUCGCGGACAGCCGCAGCGGACGGGAAGGGACGCUGCCACCGCCGCCGCCCAGCACGGCAACGAGCAGUCUUCAGGACAACACGCAGAACCGAUCGGCAGCGGUUGACCAAGGGGCUCACGAGCAUACGAAGGAGGCCGCUUCGGCCCCACCGGCCGGACUUCCCGCUGCGCAUGCGGACCCAGCUGGUAGCAGAGGCAGUGAGAGGGGCGCCUUUCGGGGAAGGGCAGGGACACAAGGCCGCGUCGCAGCUGACGACGACUCCCUCAGCGACGGCUACGGCAGCUAUGAGUCACGCAUGUACAUGAAGAGCCUUGGCCUGUUGUGA